CGCAUUCUUUCUGAUGUCUACUUUUUCCGUAUUAUCACGUCGCUACAUCACUGGAGCGUAGUCUCUGAUUGGUAGACGCUGCACGUCAAACGCCAAAAGAUCACCUUUUUCAAUUCUGGCGCUUUUGGACGCGUGAACGCUCAAGACACGCCGCGUCAACGAGAGAUUCGCGCCGCUCUGACGCUUGAAAACGCGCCGCGGAAACGCAGGGCGGCCUACCCGCUCGUCAACCAUAGAUUUUGCUUGUAAAUUUGUCUUGCCCACGUGUAUGGGCAAGUAAACGCGGCUAAUCAUUCACCUUUCGGAUCUUGUCGAACCAUCCCGUACCCGAAGGCUUUCCUUUGUCAUUGCGGGAACAUUAUGCGAUCACUGUGACCAAGAGCAUCGUAUUAUUUUUGUCUUCCAAGACUGCACAGAAACUCCUACAUCUGUAUGAUGGGAAGAACGGACACGCCACAGGACAGGGGCUGCUUGGUGGGGAUCAUCUUUUUCAUCCUGGGACUGGGAACACUGUUGCCAUGGAACUUCUUCAUGACUGCCUUGCCGUAUUUCCAGGGGCGCCUGAAUACCACAGAAUGGAGCAACGGAACAGUGGUGGUGCAUAAAGAGUACUACUUCAACAACUGGAUGACCCUGCUCUCUCAGCUCCCCCUACUGCUCUUCACGCUGCUCAACUCCUUCCUUUAUCAGAGGAUCUCUGAGAUGGUGCGGAUCGCAGGCAGCCUGGUCUUCAUUCUGCUCCUCUUCCUCCUCACUGCGGUGCUGGUUAAAGUGCCCAUGGAGAAGGACCGCUUCUUCUCUGUCACUAUGGCCACCAUCUGGUUCAUCAACUCUUUUGGUGCAGUUCUCCAGGGCAGUCUAUUCGGUCUGGUCGGUCUGCUGCCUCAGAAGUACAGCGCCAUCUUCAUGAGCGGACAGGGCCUGGCAGGGACCUUUGCAGCCGUUGCCAUGCUGCUAGCUAUAGCUAGUGACACAGGCUCAAGUGACACAGACUCUGAGGCCCCUGCUUUGGGGUACUUCAUCACUCCAUGUGUGGGGACCCUGGUGACACUUUUCAGCUAUCUGUUCCUGCCACGCCUGGAAUUUGCCGAGUUUUAUUUGGACAGAAGUGGCAAGUAUGAAGCAGGAACAACAGAUGAGCUCCUAAAAGGGAAUAAGCCAGUGGAGAAUGGGAAGCUGAACGGCCACAGUAACGGGUCAGUGCCCAACAGUACAGCAGAUAAAGGAGAUGGACCCUGUGAGAUGGAGCUGGAAUCCUGUCCGGACAAGAGCAAGCAGGCCUUUCUAUCCCUAGAGUGCGAGGUGCAAAAGGACAAGGCUUCAGUCAUUGAGGUCUUAAAGAAGAUCUGGGUGAUGGCCUUUUGCGUGACUUUUGUAUUCACCGUCACCCUCUCUGUGUUCCCCGCUGUCACCGCUGAUGUCAAGACGGCUUUUCCAGAGAAAUGGGAGCGCUACUUCAUCUCGGUGUGCUGCUUUUUAAUCUUCAACAUAAAUGACUGGAUCGGCAGGACUAUCACCACCUUAUUCCAAUGGCCAAGUAAAGAGUCUCGAUUGUUCCCCAUACUGGUGGUCUCUCGUGUGGUGUUCAUGCCCCUCCUCAUGCUGUGUAACGUACAGCCGCGGUCCUUUCUUCCGGUCUACUUCCCCCACGAUGCUGCCUUCACCACCAUCAUGGCCUUGUUCUCCGUGUCCAGCGGAUACUUUGUGUGCCUUUCCAUGUCCUAUGCGCCACAAAUGGUGGAGCCUAAAGAUGCAGAAACAGCUGGAGCUUUAAUGACCUUCUUCCUGGCACUGGGUUUGUCCAUCGGGGCGGCACUCUCAUUCCCUCUCAGAGCAAUAGUGUAAAAAAAAAACAACAUUUUUUUUAAUGUAUGUUAUCAAAAAUCUGGACCCAAAAAGAUCUUAAAAUACGACAAAGAAAGCGUAAAACUGGUUAGAAAAAAUUCCAAUAGGAUAUUUUUGUUAUUUAUGUUUUUGUAUCUUUGUAGUUUUAGGGGGAUUCAUAAGUAGGAAAAGGGAGCUUUUGUUGUUAUUGUUACUAUUUAUUGUUACUAUUCAUAUUUUGUAGAUUUAAACUAUGCUUUAGAAUGAUUUUGUAGAUUAUUAAUUCCUCAUAUUACUAUGAACAAAUGGAAGUUCUAAAAAAAACUGACCAGCAUUUAUAGACUUGCAUAAUUUCCUUAUUGGCGUUUUCAUUCCAAGUGGUUUAGUGACAUAUUCUGGAUUGAUCAGGAACAUACUUUAUGAAGGUGACCAAGCAGGUUAGAUGAGUUUGAUAAAAGAAUUUUGCUGCAUGGAGACAUUAUGGAUUUCGUGAAACUUAAAAAAAGUAUAUGAAUAUUGUAAUCUGUUCUGAGUAAAGUACUGUAUUAUAUUUUGAAAUUGUCCCAUGCAAUAAUUUUUGGAGGCAUAUUGGUUGAGUAUUUACAAGUAUUGAUAUAUUGAGUUGAUGAUAAAUAUAGUUUGGAGAAAUGAACAGGAGCAGUGUUAUAUUUUAUAUAAGCAGAGAUGCCAUACUAUACUAUAUUUAUUCAUUGCAUUAAAUCUUUUAGCCUUUUGUAAAGUAAUUGACAACCUGUAAUUUAAAAAGUUAGAUUGAUUUGCAAAAUGUUAUAAUUUUAUCUGUUUAAACAAAAUGCCUUUCUGCCCCUUUCAUUUAAUCGUUAAGCAAGACUGCUGAAAUGUCGUGCCCAAUGACACAGCAAAAUUAGCUUGCUAAACUGGGAUUUCAACAGGCAACCACAACGCUCCUGUCCACUUUUCCAAACUACUAUGGCAAUAAGUAGUACAUAAACUACACAAAUUACAUUUGUUACAUCUGUAAACUUUGAUAGUUCUGUUACUUUUCUAUGUACAACUAAUUCAACAAUUAUAGUUAUGAAAUGUGUAAAAAGAUGAAUUUUUGAGUGUCAUAAAAAAGGUGCUCACUUCAGUCCAUGUAUUUGCCCUCCAUUUACUGUGCAUGCAAAUUUCUGAAGCUUUAUUAUGAUUUUGUAACACUCUUAGCUCAAAAAAGGGCUAGUUAUAUAGUCAAAUUGAGCCAUACCCUUAUUUGAUGUAUAUAAGAGCUGUUUAAGUUUAACGUAAAGGUGGGUUGACAUUAGGUCUUUAUGCUUGCCAUCAAAUUUUGGCAGUGUUGUAAAGGGAAGCCUAUGCAUCAAAACGUGUACAGAGCUGUCAAUAAAUAGAUGUUUCCUGCAGCACCAAACUGGACUGGAGAUGUUUUUAGUGGUAGUUUUUACUUUUUGUUAAUUUAUUUUCACCUUUGUCUAAAAUCUUGACUCAAGGUGUAAAACUUGCACAUUUAGUUUUGGUCUAGUGGUAGUACUUAAAAUGAACAGUAUGUAAGAAUUGGAUUUUAAAUUUCAUAAACUUGACCAUCUGUAUUCCUACAUGUGAGGUAGACAUGUUCAAAUCAAAGAUUUUACUGAUAAUGAUAAAUCAACAUUACAACUAUCAUAU